AUGGGACAGCAUCUUGUCUAUUGGCUCCUCGUUCGCUACGGUCUGCGCUUUGCAUUGAGCCUCAUCACGUGGCAGGUCUACAAGUGGAAGGGUCUUUCGGACGACGAGGUGGGUCUCAUCGCCGGGCCCGAGAUCGAUAUCCCCACUGAGAAGCUCCGCGUGCGUGGAGGCUGGGCGAUCUACACCAUCGACAGCUUGGGCAGAAAGCUGCCGCACAUGAACAACUGGGCUGGGCUGAAUGCCUGGGCGCAAGCCGUGACCACGACCUCUUGGGCCGCCUUCCAAUUCGACUCAAUGAAUUCGACGAUCGACGUGGUUGUGUGCCUGCUCCUUCUGCGAACUGUCAACUUUUGGGUGAACGUGCUGCACUGGCUCUCGGUCGUGCGCACCGCGGACGGCUAUGCCCGACGGGCGAACAAGAUAUUUGCGGCGACCGGGUCCAUCUUGGGGAUGGGCGUGACGGUACCGCUUUGCAGCGGCGUCCUGGGCAUGCUCUUCGCUGAGGGGCGCGCGGACAGAGUUGCGUUCGAGCACGCGCUCAUGACGAUUGUGGUCAACCCUGCCGGGUAUGGUGAUGCCCUUGCGGAGGUCGUCGGUGUGCUCGGCAAGCUCCGUUUCCAAGUGUACGGCAUGGGCGAAACCAACACCAAGAGCGUCGAGGGUAUGGUUGCCAUGUUCCUCGGCUCGACCGUACUCUCGCUGUCGGAUGCGUGGGCCAUAGGUGGCUGGCCGUGGCUGAUGCUCGUCGGGCUGCUAUCCACAAUAGCAGAGACCUGGAGCCCCCGUGCCUUUGAAAACGUCUUCAUACCGUUCUUCGCCUCACUUGGAUGUGCCAUUGCGCUCGCGCUCCAGCCAGGGCUGGUGGACUAA